AUGAUCAAGCUUCGAUUUUCAAAUGAAAUCCCUUCAGAAAUUUUGAUUGAAAUUUUUGAGUUUUUAAAUGGAUGUGAAUUAUUGAAAUGUGUUUCAUGUGUUUGUACGGAAUGGCAUCAAGUGAUUUCAAAAAAAUUGGAUUGGAAAUUAUUGGUUUCGAGAAGGUUGGGUUUUACACUAAUUGUUGUAAUACCUCCUGUCGUAUUGAAUAGCCAUCCACAUGAAAUGCAGACACAAUGUUGUAGUAAUAAUGAAUUUUGGAAAUUAUAUUUCAUUGAGAACGUGGCCAAGCAUAAAUAUCAACCAGUUUUAAACUUUCUCAAACAACAUCCAAAUAUCACAUGGGAACAAGUUUUUGAAGAUGGCAAGAUUGGUGACAGGAACAACAUUUCGAAAUUCAUGACUUUUAAUGUCAGUGGUGGUGAAUCAAAUGACGACAAUGACAACAACAUGGCCAUUGGAGAAUCCAAGAUUGGGGGAUAUCCAGACCUACCACGUCACUUUGAAUGGCCAAAGGAUUCUCAUGGAAAGGAAUGGCCCUUUAUAUGUCAACUAAAUGUUCAACAAUUGGAAUACUUGGAUUUAACCAAUAGAGUAAUUCCAAAAGGAGGAGGUAUGCUCUACUUUUUUACUCCUUUCGACGAAGCUUCGAGUGGUGGUAGUUAUUGGGGAGUUCGAAAGUGUGAUCAUCAACCCAUGACUUAUUUGAAUGCAAUACAAAUUAAAGAGAUGGGAGGACUUGAUUUGUUCUGA